AUGUCUCUCUCAACCCACACAACACCAAGCGGUUAUCUUCUACCGUCGAUACACUCAGCGCCGCCCUUUUUCACCGAGCAACCUAAUCCUACCACUCAAUCGACUGCGACUGAACAAUGGAUACGACUGAUCUUGGGUUAUGCACGACACCGUAAACUCUUUGUUCUGCGUGUCGAAGAUGCCGAAGCUGCAGGAAGCGAAUGGGAUGAGAUUCUGCGUAAUGAGCGCAUCAAUCGCAGAAUCCUGCCUGAUCAUUUGUCGAAUAUUAUUGCGACAAUGGUCAGCAAAAAUCUAGCGAGCUACGAACCGGCAAAGCAAACGCGGUCGGCACUGAUCUACUGGAGAUUGCCUGAAGAAUGGGCCGAGGUUCUAUACGACUGGGUCGUUUCAAUUGGUCAACUGAAUACCAUUUUGACGUUCUACGACAUCACGGAUCCACCGUUGGAAUCAGCAUUAACGAACAUACCUAUCCCACUACUCCGCAAGGCCAUAGCAAUUCUUGGAAAGACAGGGCGGUCUCAAAUGAUUGCCAUUGCAGACGGAGAGGGUGUCCGUUUCUUAGCACGAUCCAGAUAG